AUGGAGCAGGGGAAUAUCGACGUUCCACGACUUCUUGCCCUGCCAUGGGACCUGCGACACGCAAUCUGGUCGCUCAUCGUCCCCAACGCGGUCCACCUGUUCCCCUACGGAGAACGGCUGGCAGUCUCUGCCUGUGAUCCCCCCCAGGUUCGGGACCCUCGACAAUUCGGCGACGAUACGCGUACAGGUAGCCUUUGGGGAUACUCCUAUGCCGACCGGCUGAGGAGCGGAUGGGCCCUACACUGGCGAUGCGAGGAACAACAAGGACAUCGACUAGGUCCCAAUGUGGAGGCCCUGAUAAUGACGUGCAAGGCUAUAUUUCGUGAUAUUAUCGAGAUCCUAGCUGAGGCUCAGGUCCACGUUAUUGGCUUGGACACGCUCGAAAAGCUGCUUCUGUCCCCCGAACAAGUGGGGAAUGAGCGCACAAGAGAGCGUCGGGGACCGAGCUUUCAUGCACCCUCCGUCAAUGUCGUGGAAGCACUUAUGAGGCCGAGGAAAGUCUACAUUAUUCUAAAGGUACCCGGCGCUUUCUGCAGAGCCCUCGGGAAGUCAGGGGUCAUUGCCGCCACUCCCGCAACAUCGACCACGGGGAACACAGAGGAGUAUCAGAAUCUGCACCAACUCGUGGACUCCUGGAGGCGAAUAGGAGAAAUACUAUCAAGGCUCUCAAGUUUGAUACGCGUGGACGUCUGGAUAGACCACUUAUCGCCCGAGAAGUGGGCAACGUUUAACGAGAGGGCGAUUGUCGACCCCCUCGCGGCGUUCGCCCGUAAGUAUAGAGGCGAGAUAAACACCACCGUCCACCUACCGUAUCUUCAUCCGCUAUACGAGCGGACGGACUUGCACUUUACCGAUGCCAGCGCAGACGGCCUGUGCAUUGAACGCUUUGCCCGGCAGCGUAGCUUUGUGCAGCCCCACGACGAGCAAGCCCGCCUCGACGACUUCCAUAACGACUUCCAAAAUUACCACGGCAACUUAUACAUCACGGAAGCCCGCUUUGCACCCACUGACGACGUUAAUGACUUUCCAUACCUAGCGAGAUUCGCUGAGUUUUGGAGGUUCUCAACGAUUAAAGAGCUAGCUGAUGCAGAGCGCUUGCUGAUCCGACAGGGCGUGGAUGUCCACGCGGGGAAUGCGGUGUUUGAGCACCUUAUGCGCAUUAUUGAAGAAGAAAUUAGCGAGCACCCCUGGCCGCCACGGGUAUUUCCGGGGAGCGAGAUAUGGCGUGAGUUCUAUCGCAAGUACAACACGUCCGAGCAGUAUGUUAUCGACGAGUACCAGGGCGGGCUUGGUGGUUACACCAACGGAGGUGACAUUUAG